AUGGCAAAUGGCUUGGCUCUAUCCACUGCUAGAGGUGGAGAAGUUUUCGUGGGAAGUGAAAUAAGGGAUUCUCUCUCACUGUUGGAUGUUCUCUACGCAAAUCAGUUCGAAGGAGAGUCUAUAGAUCCAGAAGAUGUUGAGCAGACAGAGGAGACCUUUUACAGAGGUGCCCCUCCCGAAUGGUUAAACUUUCACAUUAGCGAAAAGGCUGAGUCAAAUGGCACUGGAACUUCUUUUAUCAAACGUGAGGGAUACGAUACACUCAGACAACAAAUUCAGAACAAAAGAAGACUCCCAGGAAUAUCAACCGUGAAACUCUUCCACCAACCAGGAUGUGGAGGAACCACACUGGCCAUGCAGGUGUUGUGGGACUUGAGGAAGACCUUCAGGUGUGCUGUUUUAAGAGGCUCAACCUCAGACAUCACAAAUGUUGCAACAGAGGUGGUCCAUCUUUUCACAGCAGGCAGUCAAGGCUACCAGAACACUGUGCUGCUCCUACUGAAUGAUGAGCAUAUUCCAGAAAAUCUCCAAAACAGCAUAGUGGAAAAGAUAACUGAGCAGAACAUAGUUACCCGUAUGCCUGUGGUCAUUUUCCUCACGUGUGUGAGAAAAAAUGCAGUUCUACAGAGUGACCAUGUUGUCCUACGAAAAGUACUUUCUGACACAGAGAAACAAAAGUUCAAUGAAAAAAAGGAAGAGCUGAGCAGAAGGUACAGGGAUAAAUGCGGACAGUUUCAUGGCUUUAACAUAAUGCAAACUGAUUUCUCUCAAGCGUACGUUGAUCAAGCAUGCACAGUAUUCAGUACAGUCCAAAGAUCAAAUAAACCACUGAAGACCCAGCUUGCUACCUUCCUGUCCCUGCUGAAUGCCUAUGUACCAGGCUCAUAUCUCCUCGAGUCUCAGUGCCUGGACUUCCUCCAACAUGAAGACUCCAUCCAUGGACACCUUUCACUGGAGGACAGAAUGAAACCCUUUAGUCAUCUCAUCAUCACUUUCCAACAUGAUGCAAGAUCUGGAAAAAAAGUCCGUAUGGCUCAUCCAAUGAUUGCACAACGUUGUACUGAACUGAUGGGUGACGCAGGUGUGACCAGAAGCGACACAGCAAGAAACUUCAUGAACUGUCUGUGCAGAGACGAAGUUUCUCCAUGUUUGCUUGGUUUCGUCAAAGAAAUGCUGACCAAGAGAGAGAUUAAAGUAGAAGAGAACCCAGUCAAAGGUAAUGAGGUUAAAGAGGACCAAGAAAGGUUUUCAAGACUGAUUCUUGAUAUUCAAAGGAAAGAGUGCAAAGCCCAGUGUGCAUCAGUUUUGAAGGUCGCAUUGAAGAUAUUUACACAAAAUCCUUUUUUCCCGCAAGCACUUGCUCGUUUCUAUUACAUUGAAAUAAAAGACUACAAUAAGGCAGAAAGAUGGGCAAUAGAAGCUAAGGAAAGAGAUCCCAAAAAUUCAUUUGUUGCUGAUACUCUGGGCCAAGUCUACAAGAACCAACUGAAGACCAACGAGUUUUCUACCAAGCCGCGAGAAAUUUUGAAACUUGCCAAAAAGGCCAUUGAAGCCUUCAAAGAUGAAGAACGACUUGCUGAAAAUGAAUAUGGUGCAGACAUGGCAGAAGAUGGCAAUACCAGAGUCUCAAAUAUUUUUAACAUCUUUGGGCAGUUUGGUUACCUGCAGGUUUGCAACCUGAUGUAUGACCAACUUGUUUCUCAGAACGAAACCUGGAAAAGAGUUCUCACAAACAAUGUGUCCAUGGACUCAGUCCUUGGAUUGUUAGGAGACAAAAAACUUUACAGAUUUAAUGGUCUCGUAAGCAGCCUCAGAGACGAAGUCGAGAAAAAAUGUGAAUUUUUUGACAAAUAUCUGACUUACUCAAAGCCUGACAUGAGGAAAGAUGAUGCCCCAUACAUUUCAAGGGACACCUCAGAGUGCUUCAAGAAGUAUGUUGGAGACUCAACACCCAAACACUUGAAAGAAAAAUGGGAUGAUCUCUUCCAGAGACUUAAAGAAAAAUUGUCGGUUACCUCUGCUGGAGUACUUUCAUGUCUCGACAGAAAAUACACUGAAUCAGACCUUCAAGAAAUAACUACAUGGUGGAAAGAAAUCUAUUCAAGCAAAGAUACACAAACAUCUCUUACCAACUACGUACUUGCUCAAAUCAUGUUAAAUAAUUUGGGAGAGAUAUUUUCCUCUGAUGUCAAGUCUCCUACUGAAUUUGGACAAAUAACACCCCCAAGUCCUCAAAAUGCACCUGAGCUCAACAUGUUAGCCCUCCUCUUGAAGUGGCCUAUAGACAGCGAAGACAAAUGUGUCUUUGACCUCAGUCAAUCAAUUCAGCAUAUGUACAGUUCUUAUGAACACACAUAUAAAACACAAUUUCGAUCAAGGUAUCUUCGCCCCCUGUUUUUCAUCGGAAAAGGUCAGAAUCUGGACAGAAUUGUUCACAGACGGGUCCUUGAGAACUUGUUUCCAGCACAAAAAGAAGCUGCUGUCGUACAAGAUGUGCAAGACUUGAACGUCUACUGGGGCAGUGAGAAGAUUUUCCAAGAUCCCAUGAUCCAAAAACGCCUUCUCCAAAUUGAAGGACGGGUACGAAACUACAGACUGUACGCAAUUUUUGGAAGCAAAGAGAUCGAGGUGAAAGCCAAUCUGCAAAACAGCCUCUGGAAACCACGUCAAGUUACCUUCUACCUAGGAUUUACCAUCAGAGGUCCUGUAGCCUUUGGUAUCCAGACAAAAAUUGCAGAAACAGGGCUGAAACAGGACACCCGUGACUGGACUGAACUUAAACCUGAAGUCAACAGAGUGGGUGAUGUCCAAACCUAUAGCCUACGUUCUGGGGCAGGUCACUAUAAAUGCAGUGUUUCUGCAGUGCGCUGGUUUUGUAAGGGGAGUGUCAGCUUCAAAUACCAGUUUACCUCUUGGGAUAAACACAUGGAGGAGCCUUCAUGCGUGGAUUACAUACCAGCAGGACCCCUACUGGACAUCAAAGUCACAGCUGGAAAGCUAGAAGAGGUGCAUCUCCCACACUGGAUAUGUACAGAUGACAUCCCCACAAUUAUGGACAAUUUUAGAGUUCUGCAUGUGGAUACCAGCGGACAUUGUGUGGAAGAAGUGUCUGAAGUGACAUCAUCCCAUGUCAAGAUACUUCAGCCCGUUUUCUCUCCAAGAGGGGCCAUGAUCAGGAAGAAACUGGGCUUCCCAGUGAAAGUUUUCUAUGACAUGUUAAUAUUCAAGACAAACAAAGCAUCCCUCACCCUGCAUGUUUACCUGCUGCCACCUGAUCCAGACGUACAACAGGUUAUUUGUUUUUGUCACAGUAAUAAUAGGAACCAUUACAAAAUGUAG